CAUCAACCAACUGCAUAAAUACUCAGAUUCCCAAUGCUAUCAAGACUGAAAAUCACUCAUCACUCACUUUUCGCUGCAUCCUUCAAGCUACCAACCAGAAUCAAAUCUUUCUCCGCUCUGGCAAUGGCGAGAACCAUCGAGAAGAACUUCCAAGCCGCCAUCGACUCUGGCAAGAUCAACGGGGGCAUUAUCUGUGCUACCAACUCUAAAGGAGACUUCACCUAUAAUAAAGCCCUCGGCCAGCGAACUCUCCUCUCCGGUGAAAAGCGUCCCCAACAGCUCGAUGAUGUCCUCUGUCUUGCAUCAGCUACAAAGCUCAUAGCCUCCAUCGCAGCUCUGCAGUGUGUGGACGAUGGUCUUCUCACUCUCAAGGGGGAUUUAUCAAAGGUUGCGCCGGAACUGGCGGAGAAGCAGGUCCUCACAGGAUGGUCAGAAAACGAUGAACCGAUUCUUGAACCAGCGUGUCAACCUGUCACGCUUGAGAUGCUGCUUUCGCACAGCGCUGGAGUGGCGUAUGAUUUCUUGGAGCCGACUAUUGGAAAAUGGAGCAGAAAGUAUAAACCUAAGGAUGGAAAGAAGAGAAAGGUAGAAGAUACUUUCAUCUAUCCUCUUUUGCAUCAACCUGGAAAGGGGUGGAUGUACGGCUCUGGUCUAGAUUGGGCUGGUCGAAUUGUUGAGCGCGUUACCGGAAAUACCUUGGAGGAACAUGUUCACGAGCGUAUCCUGAAACCUCUUGGUUUGAAAACCGACGCACAGUUCUUUCCCGUCACAAGAGAGGAUCUGCGUGAGCGUCUCGUCGAUCUCAACCCCGAUGAUCCAAAAGGUCUCGGCUACGCAGUCAUGGGUCAAGGGGCCGAAAUCAACGGCCGUACAGAUGGAUGUUUCGGCGGCCAUGGCCUCGCAAUGCCUGCACCAACCUAUCUCAAAAUCACCCAAUCCCUACUCGCCAACGACGGAAAGCUCCUUAAGCCCGAAACCUGCGCCGACAUGUUUCAGAACCAUCUUGCCCCUGAAGCACUUAGCGGUCAACAGGGCAUGCUAGCUAGUCCACUCGGCCCUUUCUUUAGAGUUGGUAUCGGCGAGGAGACGAAGCUUGGGCAUGGGCUUGGAGGCACUAUCACGCUUGAAGACGUUGAGGGGUGGUAUGGUGCUCAUACUAUGUCUUGGGGUGGAGGUUUGACGUUUGCGUGGUUCAUUGAUCGCAAGAAUGAUAUUUGUGGUGUUGGAGCUAUUCUUGCAAAGUUGCCUCUUGAUGGAGGGGUUGCGAGUGACUUGAAGGAUGUUUUCAGAAAGGAUAUUUAUCAAAAGUAUGGUGCGUGGAAGAAGAAUGGUGAGGUAUAAUAUGGAGACAACCUAUGAUGACAGGAAGCCUUUGAUAAGUUUAUCCUGUACCACCUCAGCUCUAUCCUAAGUUAUCUCAACUACCUAAAAACCCUUACUAUCUAUGGCACCUCAGUCCAC